UGUGGACUGGAUCCGCCCUCACAAAAACUUUCUGAACGGUGUGGCGAUGUAGCACGUUCUCUGAAAAGACGAGUGUUUCUGGAAAUGGAUAAUAUUGACGAGGCGGCAAGCAUUUACCGUGCUCUGCGAAAUGGAAAUGCAGCCGACGCAGCUGAAGAUGCUGAGGCUCUCCUUGGCGACGAAUCGAAGUCGUGGCGCGAUCUCGUUCUUAUUGCAGAGUUGAAUAUUGCUUUGUCAAAAGAUGCGACAUCAUUGCUAGUGAAGGCUGCAAAGUUGAAUCCACGUUCAAGUCGCGUCUUUUUCGUGCUUGGGAAAACAUUACGCCGUAAGAAUCCAACCAAAGCUCGCUCAUGCCUGGAAAGAGCAGUGAAAAUUCGACCGACGAACGAGGAAUACGUCAAGGAAUUGGACGACAUGUAUGAAGAAAUAGAUGAAUCAACAGAGCAGCGACUGAAUCUGCUUAACACCUUGGGAGCCUGCAAGAAGCCAAUGUGGUUGAGAAGGCGACUAGCUGUACUCGCAAAGAUCAAGCAAGACUGGGACACUGCUAUCGGUGAACUCCAACAAAUUGUUAGGCAUUUGCCUGACGAUAUUCUGAGCUGGGCCUCGUUAGCGGAAGUAUAUUCGCAUCGCGGCAAUUUGCAACUAAUUCAAGUUCUGAUGCGUAUGCAUAAUCUGGAAGGCGCCGCCGAACAAUGCACUAAAUGGCGUGCAACAAUUAGCCAAAAUUCUCAACUAACAAGUGCCGUCGACAUCUUGGAAGCGCAGGUUCAUCUGCGUUUGUUCGGCAGCACACUCGGUAGUGAAAGGCUGGACCAUUUGAGAAAGGUUUUCAAUCUACUAGAUGAUGUGAUAGCAGGACGGCCCCGUAUAUCGUUAGCUUACAAGCUAGCCGCAGAUGCUCUUCUUCAUGCUGUAAAGUUCAAGAGUGAACUGUUCGUGAAGCUUGAGAUCCCGCCAUCGUGGUCAAUUUCCUGUCGCCUGUCUGCGGUUCGGUCAGCAGUCAUGUUCUAUUCAGUUGCCCUUGAUCUGAAUCGUGAAAAUGCAUGGGCAUGGAAUGACCUGGCUACUGGUUUGCUAUGUCUGGCCAGGCUUGACAAGUCUGAGCAGCAUUCGGCAAAGGCGCAUGAGUGUCUACGAAAAGCGAUGAGUUUGAGCAAAUGUGCUCAGAUGCGUUCUCAGCUGUGGACCCUGAUUGCUGAGGCAGAAAGGUUGUCAACAUUGGCGAAGGGUGCCGCACCUAAUGAUACGAUGUCAAUUGCUCUCCAACAACAUUACCUUGUUCGUGCGCUUCAACUGAACAAAGCCAACGACGAGGCUUGGCUGCGUCUGGCUUUGCUCUACUACACCAAUGGAGCAAUGGUCGAAGCUCAUCUUACCAUAGAAACAGCUCUCAAGCAUAAUCCACAACUUGCUGAAGCGUGGUGUGCCUGGGCGCUAAAAGCCGAGUCAGAAGGUGUGGGUCACGAAGCAAUGGAUAUGUUUCGGCACUCUAUUUCCAUCAAACCUGUGGCUGUAGCUGUUAUGAAGUAUGCGGCGUUCUUAUGUCAGUCAUUACGUGCGAAAAGUUUCGAUCCAGCCACUGUUAUGAUCGAUUUCAACAAGAACACUUUUGCUCUGAAGAAUCCUUCUAUAGAUGAGUCGGACUCCAGUGACAAGGACCUCUUGCUGCACAUAGGUGUACUUGCGGAACUGUUUGGCCAUUAUGAAGAUGCAGCGCAAUGUAUAUCAGACAGUGGGCAUGAGGGUCCGCAUUUACAGAGAGCACGCAUGAAGGCUGGUCAGGAUGUUCAAAAUCCUUCCAAAUCCCUGGAAAUGUUGGCAAACCUGUGCUCGAAGUCGUCUGAGGAGCUACUCAAUUUGCUCAAAGAGCAUCAGCCAUUAUACAAAAAUCUAUUCGAGCGUCUAAUUGCCCCAGAGGCACAAGGACUACAGGAGUUAUAUGCUUCCUCUGCCAAGUCCAUAUCUGUACCGCUUGUGGUUGCUUGCAAUACUUGGCGAUUUGAGCGUAGUGCGUUUGGUGUGGUGUUGAGGGAACGUUUUUUUGGAAAAUAUGUGUAUUUAUCCGAAUGA